GUUAAUUUCCUGCGUGGAGCGUGCUUCCAAACAAGCAGGCUGAUGUUGUGUCGUGUCCCCGCGAGGGAGACGCCGUCACAUUACCGGAGCUGUCUAUGAAACGCCACCACAACGACUCAGCUGCGCAACUUGGCCUGCCACGACUCUCUCGGAACCCACACGCUCGCCGCGACAACGGUUCCUGGGAAGCUUGUGUAUCAGGCGCAAAACAGAAAAAGCAGCCACAGUGGUGCUAGAGGGCGUAAAAGAGAAGGAACGACCCCACCAACAACAGUCGGUUCGCACAUCGCCGCCCAGCUGGACAUGCGCCCAACGGCUACGUUUCUCCCACCGACCCACGAUUGAAGCCUCACGCUCGUUCUGCAAUGGAUUCUGCCCGCAGCAGCAAGCGACGCAUAAACAGCAUCCAGACACGAGACCGCCUACAACGCCAGGACUCAUCGACUGCCCGCAAUAAGCGUCCCGUCCCCGUCUCUGCCCAAGAUGCGUACCUCUAUGCCCUCCGCGUCGCAUACCUGCACUAUCUGCUGCAGCCGCGCCAGAAGCGACUCCAACAUGUGCCGGCCCCGCCCAAGCCGGCGCAGCGCACGGCAACAGGCGUAGCCGACCUCGUCAAGGACCUCUCCCUCGUCACAAAUUCCAAAAGCAUGCGCUUUCCCCAUGGGUUCAUGGCUGCGCUGGAGAAGCGCUUGACAAAGGUGUUGAUGGGGCAAGAGAAGAUGCCUGAGUUCAAGGACGCGACUGUCAUACGCACGUUCGCCGUCUUUCUGAACGAGUUCAAGGAUCCUCGAAAAGCAAAGAACUUGGAGAAGAACCGAAAUGUCGAGGAGCUGAUUCUCAUCUUCUUCUCCAACGCUACAAAGGAGCUGCAGAAGGGCAAGCCGCCGGGGGACGACAGUUACAAGCUCAUGGUGGAUCGACACGUCGCCCUGUUUCUCCGCCUGAUAAGCGCGAUACUGAAGGAUCACGACUGGCAACGCGACAGGCCGGAGCUGAGUCAGAGACUUGUGACGAUGGAGAAGAAGCUGUUGUUGCACGACCAAGAUCUUGCGUCUGAGAAUCAGCGCAACGGUGGACAGGGCGGGUCGACGAUCGAAGUUGAAGUUCCGCGAACUUACGAAAUCAAAGAUAUGCCACUGGUUCUAACUGUACAACGUAUCUUCUCUGUGUCGUACUCCGCAGUUCAGGCAGACAUCGACCGAUACAAGUCAACUUGGACUCAAAAGGCGGCGUUGCAAGAUCUCAAAACCUACCAAGCUCACCUCACACGUAUGACCAAGCAGACAUUGAAUCGCAAUGACUUUGAUCUAGAUGAGGCAUACGAAGCGUGGAAAAGCCAAGAGAGUCCCGAUUUAUCACAAAUGAUCUUGGCCCUCAUACAAUCUGACCCUAGUCUCGCGAAAACCACAUCGAGUGGCCCCAUGUCGCAAUACAGGUCUAACACGUCUGUCGACUUGGGGUCGGAGAAUGGGGUUUCGCAUAGCUCCGGCCAGUCCUUGGAUUUAAGCGGGUUGAACAUAAACGCCGACAUCGCGGACGACAAUGCAUCAUACGUCUUCAUCCCUCCAGAUCCACGCAUGUACUAUCGUGCUGUCUUCAAGGAGGCUCUGACCUACGAUCUGGCGGAUCCAGAAUUUGUGCCAAGUGACGGGAACAGCUUGUCAUCGAAGCACUCCGCAGAACUUCUGAACGAGAUUGGUCAGAGGUGGAGAUUACCGCAAUCCUCGCGGCAUGUGUUGUUUCUAGAUGUCAUUCGAGAUAGUUACGUUGAUCAAUCCGUUGAUCUAGAUACUCUCGAUCUAGCAUUUAACUUUGUCAAAGAGCCACCGGUAACAGACAAGAAAUCCAACAGGAUGAGUCAAUUUCAGAUGCAGGUUCCGCUCUCCGAUCGUUCGAGAUGGACUGUACACGACUGCGAGCUAUACCAACAAAUACUGACAUCCAUACACGAAACGUUGUUACGUGAGCUCUUCGAACUGAUGAUGUUCGCGUUCGAUAACAAAGCACCCAGCAUUGGUCCUCUCAUGGAGGUUCUAGAUGUUCAUAUUUACAGUGACUCUCUGUUCACUGGGACACCAGAAGAUCUUGAUCAGUUCGCCGAACAGCUGAGGAAAGCUCUUCGACGAAAAUCUAGUGAUGUGUAUACCGAGCUGCUUGCAAAGGAGAUCCCCGACGAUAAAGAAGAGUGGCAAUUCUACCAUGUCAUUCAGCUGGGGAAAGCAGUGGCAAAGUUGUGCGAGAAAAUCCAAAAACGAUACCGCAAAAUGCCACCAAUCAUGGGCGUCGAACCUUUAUCGUGUCUUGUCGAACAGAUGCUUCCAGCCUACGCCGCGGACGCGAGAGACCUUGUAGCGCGUAUCAUGGACGUGGCUCAGAGCAAAGACGAACAUGUGCCUAUUGAUGAUGGAUUCGAUUUGUAUAAAGAGAUGGUCGAAAUUCGCAGAAUACACAACAGUGCGCUACCAGGCCGGAAAUUCGCGUUCAACAUCGAGGACCUUCUCCAAGAUUUCGUGUGGAGGUGGAUCGAGACCACUGAUUCUAAUCUCAUCUCCUGGGUGGAUAACGCUUUCAAAGCGGAUCAGUUCCAGAUUGAAUCCCACAACCCUGUUCCUUCCGACGAUGAGCGUCACAGCAUGUCUGUCGUUGAUAUCUUCCGAUCGUUCAAUCAGAGCAUCGAACAAAUCAUGGACUUGAACUGGGAUCAUGAUGUUCAGUAUGCGAAAUUUAUGACGGCAGCCUCAAAGUCAAUUGGUGUCGCACUUGCCAGAUAUUGCGAACUGGUGGAGACGAAGUUCACCAAGGAGAUGGAUCGCGUGACGCCCGAGCAAGAAGCUGCUGCCAGGCAAACUACACAAGAAAAGUGGCUUUCGCGGGCAAAGGACCUUUACAACCAGAAAGAGAAGGUCGAGCCAUUUCAGUUCUGGCCUGAAUCUCUUGUGAAGCUCAACAAUAUCGAAUAUGCGAUGCUGCAACUGGAUAAGCUCGAGCGCGAGAUCAACGUUGAUGCCUGUGCAGAGGUCAUUCAAAAGCACGCGCCGCCACAAACGCAACGGAUCCGAAACAACAACUUUGUAUUCACCAUCAAGAUCAUUGAAGCGGAGGAUUUGAAGGCAUGCGACCCGAACGGUUUCAGCGAUCCAUAUGUCGUCCUCGGCGACGAAUACCAGAAGCGCCUGGCAAAGACUCGAGUCGUUUACCGUAGUCUGAAUCCAAGAUGGGAUGAAACGAUCGACAUCACUACAAACGGGCCACUUAACAUCGUUGCCACAAUUUGGGACUGGGACACAUUGGGUGAUCACGACUGCGUCGGCCGCACAUCGCUCAAAUUGGAUCCAUCGCACUUCCGAGACUAUAUGCCUCGUGAGUACUGGUUGGAUCUCGACACGCAGGGCCGUUUGCUGUUGCGUGUUAGUAUGGAGGGCGAGCGAGAUGACAUUCAGUUCUACUUUGGCAAGGCGUUCAGAACACUUAAGAGGACUGAACGUGACAUGACGAGACAGAUUACGGACAAGCUUUCCUCAUUCAUCAGCAAUACGCUUUCAAGACAAACAUUGGGACGAUUGCUCAACCGUGGUUAUUCAGUCUCUUCAGUCACGAGCUAUUUCAAAGCCGCUCGACCUCAGUCCGUGGCCGUGGGUAACAUAACGCAAGAGGCGACCGAGGCACUCACACCUCUCUUCGACUACUUUGACGCGAACUUUGCGAUCAUGAAACAGACACUGACCGAUCCCGCAAUGAUCAUGGUCAUGACACGAUUAUGGAAAGAGGCCUUGUCGACAAUAGAGUCACUGCUGGUCCCGCCACUCUCCGACAAAUUAUCCCAGCAGAGACCCUUAUCACAGCAAGAACUUGACAUCGUGUUCAAAUGGCUCAAGCUGCUAUUUGACUUCUUCCACGCCGCAGAUGAAGACGGGAAUGUUGAAGGUGUCCCCAUGGACGUCCUCAAAUCGUCCAAAUACCACGAGCUCCAGAACCUCAACUUCUUCUACUUCGAACCCACGGAGGAGCUCAUCCGCACUUCAGAGACUAUGGCUGCGGCCAGCACCCGCAGGCAACAGGAACAAGUUGCUCGUAUGAACCGGCAGUCUGCACCGCCGUCUCUCGGCCAUCAAUUCGGUGGUGCGGCGGGAUUGGUGGGUAUGCCGACGAGGAAACACAAGACCAUCAUGCUGAGCAGGAACCUGGGCACGAUGAAGAAGGCAAAGGAGGAGAAGAGGAAAGAGGCGCAGGCUGAGCCGAACGAUGAUAUGAUUCUCAGGAUCUUGCGCAUGAGGGUUGAUGCUGAGAGGUAUCUCAAAGACAGGAGCAGACAAAAGGAGCGACUCGCUGCCGCGCAGGCUGCGGAGAUGAUUGUGCGCCAGAGUCUCAAUGCCGGAGGUGGACGCAUGACGGGUGGAGCACCGCGACGGUAAACCGGGCUCUCGAGUUCUUGAUGAAUGGCUGGUUUGUGUGCAUUUCUCUUCAGUCUGAUACCUUUUUUUUCUGUUCAAUCGCUUUCUGCUUUCAGCGAGGGUGAGGUGGCGUUUACUUCGUCGGGGGUAAUAUAUGGGCUGGUAGCUUUUGGGCUCGCGCUGGUGUGUGGCGUUCUUAUGAGGGCGGUGAUGCGGGUUGGAAUGAGCUAGGUAGAUCAUAUGAUUGAUGUUCUCUCGGGGUAGUGCGUUGUGCAUGGCGGGUAGGCGUAUAGUAAAGUUGGCUCUUGUUCUAAGC